AUGGCUUUGGGUUCAAGCUUAGACAAUCAUACUGAUUUCCUGAUCCUGGGAUUCCAGACCCUUUAUCAAUUCAGGAUAGUUCUCUUUACUUCAUUCCUUAUACUUUAUAUUCUGACUGUAUCUGGAAACCUCAUCAUUUUUGUAUUGAUCAUGUCCAGUAAUCUAUUGACUUCUCCUAUGUAUUUCUUUCUUUGUAACCUCUCAUUAUCUGAAAGUUUAUUCACCACUAACAUUGCCCCAAACAUGCUGGAGGUUCUACUGAGAAAUGGGUCCACUAUGACCAUCCCUGGAUGUUUCUUACAGUUUUAUCUGUUUGGUUUAUUUGCUGUUAAUGAAAGCUUUCUUCUUACAGUAAUGUCGUAUGACAGAUUCUUGGCCAUCUGUAACCCCUUACAUUAUGCCUCUGUAAUGAACACUUACACCUGCCGUUACUUGACAACUUGCUGCUGGUUGGGAGCCUUUCUAAUAAUGUUAGUUACAUUAAGUUUUAUGUCUAGACUAAAGUUCUGCAAACAAAACAUGAUUGACCAUUUCUUUUGUGAUAUUGCUCCCGUUUUGAAGCUCUCGUGUUCAGACACCACCACCAUUGAAAUGGUGAUCUCAUUGCUCUCUUCUGCCGCCACCCUCUUCCCAUUCCUAUUUAUUAUAGUCACCUACGGAUGUAUCAUUAGAGCAAUUUUCAGAAUCCCAUCAUCUAAGGGGAAAGAGAAAGCUUUCUCCACCUGCAGUUCCCAUCUGGGUGUAGUUACCACUUAUUAUACUACUUUGAUUAUGGUUUAUGUGGUACCUACCCAAGGUCACUCAUUGAUAGUGAAUAAGUGUCUAUCACUUCUUUACACAGUGGUCACACCAUUGGUGAAUCCCGUGAUAUACACUUUAAGGAAUAAGGAGAUCAAAAUAGCUUUUAGAAGAAAACUGGAAAUUUUAAAUCAACAUAUUUAUUCACUGUACAAGUAA